CCCAACACUCCAUAGCUGCUUGCGCUCCGCAAAUGCUGCGUUUGCCUCGCCUGGCCAUUGCUGCAGCAUGGCUCCAAGAAUCGUCUGGGUGAACGUGGCUGUGAUCAACAAAUAGCGUUCACAGGCAAGAAGGUGGGCCGCAAAUCCUGCAGAUGAAGAAGCAGAUCCAGAGGCUCUUGACUGCAUUGCCUUUGGCAGACUGCAGCUCAGACGAGGACAACCACAGGGUGUACAGCUCGUGCAUCUUCGCUUUGCCAUUGGCACCUGAGGAUUGCAAAGGCUUUGAACGAGCUGAAUCACCUGGGGUUUCUGUCUCAUGGCACAAAGUGCUCCAACAACAUCUCCUGCUGGAUGAACUUCAGGAUGGAGCGCAAGCUCUAGAUACGGCAGAUGCCGUGCCACUGAGCUGUCCACGUCGUACCGAGCUGCUGCCAGUCCGCUGCACCAGAUCACUCAUGGGACAUCCUGGGAUGGCCGACAUGAAUCCCACCUGAGGCUCAGCUUCUUGGGAAGCUGCAGCUGCAGCCUUCUUCGCUUUGGCUCGCCUAUGCGACACGAGGAUAUCUUUCCCAGGAGGAAUGUCGUCCAAAUCGAUGGCACUGAGAACUGCAUUCAAGGAUGGCGGGUCAGCCACCAAGGGUUCUCUGUCCUCAUUGUGAUGAAUUUGGGGAUGAACUUGACCAAUCAAGAAAAUUGCAGUAACCUUCAAGCUAAGUGAUGGUCCGCAUGGCUGUGGCAAAGCCUGGGCGGCCCAUUCUCAAUCGAGGGCUUCUCAUUCAGAGCAUCCAAGGCUUCCUCCUGCUGGAACACAAGAUUAUGAGCUAUGAGCGAAAUAAUAGCAUGCCAUGUUGUAAAUCAAGAUUCAACUAUUUUUUUCCAGUCCUGGGGUUCCAGCGUAGAAUUGCC